UGUGAACACGUAUUCUUUUUGAAGUCCAAGUGGUCGAGCUGAGGACUUGAAGACGACUGUCUCCUCGCGAACGCUGUGAUUACAGGUUCGCAACUUGCGCAGCUGACUGACUGUAGACACAGUGAAAACAAUCUAUAAGCAUACCGUUUCCCUUGUAAAAAGUUAUUACAUAUAUUAAAAAACGAGAAAAGUGCGUAAAGCGUAUAGUGUUAUUCAUGAUAGAAAAUGUGAUUUAUCGCAGUCUAAAAGUUUGAUAUGUGCGAUAUAUCCAGCCUUUGAGGUUAUUUAUUUAUUUUUAAAAUAUCAAGGGGAGGGGGGAUUUAAAUUGCUCAAUGAACAUGAGUGAAGAUAUGAGUACUGAUGUGCUCGAUAAAGAUUUUAAGUACAAAGAACUGCUGAUUUCUGAAAAGAAGUUUCUCGUAGGAGUUUGUAAAAAGGAUGAUGUACGCCGAGUACUUUUAACAAAUACAUCAGAGUUUUAUGAAGACAAUCUAUCCAAAGAUGAUAUCCUGAAGAGAUGCGAAGAACUGAAUCCUGUGUUAAUCGACCCUAAAUUCGAAGACGUGGAAGACAUUAUAGAUGACUUUUUGGCUAAUAUUCCAAAAUAUACUGUAUCUUUGACUAUUGAGAAAAUUCAAUUGAAAAACAAAAUAGACGAUGGGUGGUUUAGGUUUGAACUAGAUUUAAAAAGGUGUAGUCCUGAAUACUUCAUGGACAAUUUUAUGGACAAUUUUUACUUUGCUUUCUCUGAACUGCAACACAGGUACAACUGUUUGUUAGAUAUUAUCAAGAAGAAGGAUCAAGAAAUUGCAGAAUACAAAGCAGAAGGUGUAGAGCUACUGCGAAAAAGCGUAAUCACUGAACCUUUCAGAGAAAAUGUGUUCCAGAAUAAAUUGAGAAAUAGAAGAUCCGGUGAUAAGUUGAACUUAUUUUUAGACACGUUAAACUUUUAUGACUCCGUAAAGAGUUUGAGGAAAGAGGACACGAAGCAAGAAGUUACAGCUGUUAAUACAGAAUCAUGUAAUGAUGAAGUAUCAUCCGAGCAAACAGCUAGUAACAAUCAAGCCCCUAAAAGACUGUUCUCCAGUGAUGAUCUGAGGUGCGCGGUUGCUCCAAAAUCUCAAAAAACAGCUCAAAGCAGCAAAAGAAAAAACAGUAAAUUUGCAUAUCUGUGAAAGUGUGAAAUCAUUGACAAUCCAGUGAAAAUGGGUAAAAAGUGUGCAUCUUUAUUGUUUUAAUACAUAAAGUUGUACAAUGGCCCUACAAAAUAUUAAACUAAUCGGUAUACCGGGGGUACGUGUUUCAAGUAAUAUACAGUUAUUUCGAAAAUGACGUGAUUCGAUUAUUAUACAUAUUAAGUUUACUAUACAGAUACUUCCAGAGGGUAUGAAUUAUGCAGAGUAUCUUAUAUGGUGGGAUGCGACACGUCGUACAAUCUUGUACAAGUUCACGGCAUACAUCGUAGCAUGAAUGAUGAAAUUGUAUAAAAGUUUAGUAAUAAAUUCGUCCAAAGGCCAGCUUUGGAAUUGAAAA